UUUUUUUCACUACCCAUUCGCUGUUAGCCUAAGAGCCUAUUCCAGCUACGCAUGGACAGGGGAAAACCUUAUUGUUUCUGUUAUUUUCAAAGGUGCCACGAUUUUACAACAUAAUCCUUUGAACAAACUGUAAUACAUAUAAAAUGCAAGGGAAGAGCAAAGUAAGAUCAUAACUCGAGUUAAUUUCGAACGAAACUUGCAUUUUAUCAAUAAAAAUGGUCUCGAAAGUGAUUAUUGCUUUAUGCAUCACGCUAGCAGUAGCUUCGGCUGUCCCUCAACCUGCCACCGGUGGUGCCGGCGGUUGGGGAGGCUGGAACAAUGGCGCAGUCAACCCUUGGAUACCUCCAUGGAUCGCAUCCGCUCCCUGGUACCCGCAGUGGGCUCCUUGCACCACCAUCGGUAGUACUUGCCUAGAUUGCACUACCAAGCAAGUUUGUACAAAAGUAGGAGGUAUACAGAGGGCGUGUCUGGACCCGACUCUUCCUUACUGCAACCUCGGAGAAUGCUCCGCUACCCCCGCUGAAGGAUGUGAACCGGCCUCUGGUGCAUCUGUAGCACCGACCGCUUAAUAUUCGAUACUCAAACAUACUCGAAAAUAUAUAACAGAUACGAAAAAAAAAAUUUUUUUGGAAAAAACUAACAAAAAAUGUAAUCAAAAGUGUUUCUUUACCAUUAUGUAGUCUUGUUUAAUAAAUAUGAAUAUAUCAAAAUU